AUAUGGAUGGAUAAUGUCAACUGUUUAGGGACUGAGUCAACUCUAAAGAGCUGCACAUUUAAUAGAUGGGGAAUACACAACUGUGUUCAUUAUGAGGACGCUGGAGUCAUCUGUCAGUCCCUUGUUAGGUUGGUAAAUGCUAUCAACAUUUGUUCUGGACGAGUGGAGGUUCUUCAUGAUGGUCAGUGGGGAACAGUGUGUGAUGAUAACUGGGAUCUAUCAGAUGCUGCAGUGGUGUGUAGAGAGAUGGGCUGUGGAGAUGUUAUAGAGGCAAAGAGCAGUGCAUAUUUUGGACAAGGUUCAGGAUCCAUAUGGAUGGACGAUGUACAAUGUACAGGGAGUGAAUCUACACUGAAAAACUGUUCAUCAAUGGGAUGGGGUGUACACAACUGUGGGCAUCAACAAGACGCUGGAGUCAUCUGCCAAUGUGAAAUGCUAGAGGAUCUGAGAGCCACAUAGAACGUAACAUUACAUAACAACAUAGACAAUUCCAAAAAUACUGUCAAGUUAGUGAAUGGUGAAAACAUUUGCUCGGGAAGAGUGGAGGUUCGCCAUAAUGGGACAUGGGGAACAGUGUGUGAUAAUGGCUGGGAUCUAUCAGAUGCUGCAGUGGUGUGUAGAGAGAUGGGCUGUGGAGAUGUUAUAGAGGCAAAGAGCAGUGCAUAUUUUGGAAAAGGUUCAGGACAAAUAUGGAUGAAUAAUGUCAACUGUUUAGGGACUGAGUCAACUCUAAAGAGCUGCACAUUUAAUGGAUGGGGAAAACACAACUGUUAUCAUUAUGAGGACGCUGGAGUCAUCUGUCAGUCCCUUGUUAGGUUGGUAAAUACUAUCAACAUUUGUUCUGGACGAGUGGAGGUUCUUCAUGAUGGUCAGUGGGGAACAGUGUGUGAUAAUGGCUGGGAUCUAUCAGAUGCUGCAGUGGUGUGUAGAGAGAUGGGCUGUGGAGAUGUUAUAGAGGCAAAGAGCAGUGCAUAUUUUGGACAAGGUUCAGGAUCCAUAUGGUUGGACGAUGUACAAUGUACAGGGAGUGAAUCUACACUGAAAAACUGUUCAUCAAUGGGUUGGGGUGUACACAACUGUGGGCAUCAACAAGAUGCUGGAGUCAUCUGCCAAUCUGUCAAGUUAGUGAAUGGUGACAACAUUUGUUCCGGAAGAGUGGAGGUUCGCCAUAAUGGGACAUGGGGAACAGUGUGUGAUGAUGGCUGGGAUCUAUCAGAUGCUGCAGUGGUGUGUAGAGAGAUGGGCUGUGGAGAUGUUAUAGAGGCAAAAAGUGGUGAAUAUUUUGGACAAGGUUCAGGAUCCAUAUGGACGGACGAUGUACAAUGUACAGGGAGUGAAUCUACACUGAAAAACUGUUCAUCAAUGGGAUGGGGUGUACACAACUGUGGGCAUCAACAAGAUGCUGGAGUCAUCUGCCAAUCUUCAGUCAGGCUUGUAAAUGGCAGUAACACUUGUUCUGGACGAGUGGAGGUUCUUCAUGAUGGUCAGUGGGGAACAGUGUGUGAUGAUGGCUGGGAUCUAUCAGAUGCUGCAGUGGUGUGUAGAGAGAUGGACUGUGGAGAUGUUAUAGAGGCAAAGACUGGUGCUUAUUUUGGCCAGGGCUCAAUGUUCUAACACUGAAUAUUCACUAAGAAACUGUAAAUUAAAAGGAUGGGGAAAAAACAGCUGUGGACAUGAGAAGGAUGCUGGAGUCAUCUGUCAGUAUCCUGUUAGGCUGGUCAACGGCAUCAACUCUUGUUCUGGGAGAGUGGAGGUUCUCUAUGAUGGAAUAUGGGGAACAGUGUGUGAUGAUGGCUGGGAUCUACCAGAUGCUGCAGUGGUGUGUAGAGAGAUGGGCUGUAAAGAUGCUUUGGAAGCAAAGACUGGCGCUUAUUUUGGACAAGGUUCAGGAUCAGUAUGGAUGAAUAAUGUAAAGUGUGUUGGGACUGAGUCUACAUUGAUGAGCUGUCCAUAUAACUCAAGUUCACUCAGCUGUGGCAUUGAGAAAGAUGCUGGAGUCACUUGUGGAUAUGGUACAGUUCUGCUGAGGACUGAGAUGGAGGCUGGCUCUGGGGUCGACCCAAAUGAUCCUGCAAUCAUGAAUGAACUUCUGGAAGAGAUGAGGGGGAAGCUUCCAGCAAAUGGGACUUUCACCCUUCACUGGAAAACCCAGCAUAAUGGAAAAGUCUUCCAGAAGAAAACAGAAAGGGUACCCUGACAGGUCAUUACUGGAAUACAGAGAAAGUUAAAUGAGACAUCCUUCAAUAUUUCUAAUCAGUCCAUUUAUAAAUGAAAUGGAUAGGUUUACACCACAGGGAAUUCCAUAUAAUAUAUCUGUGAUUCCCCCCAUGGGAAUGAAAGCAUCUUAUAUGUGUUACUGACAUUGUUUGCAUUAUAUUAAGAUACAUGUUACAUGAUAUAAGAUAUAUUUAUAGUGUCUAAUGUAAUAUUUAUAUGUAAUAAGAGUAAUCUUGAUUUAGCUAUAUUGU